AACUGCAACAAAGGGUUUCUUCUCUCAAAUCAUGGUGACAAACUGACAAUUAACUGCAACUUGCUCACUCAAUCAAGCGGAAUGCCCAAAUACUACUACCCUCUCGCCGUUUUUGUCAACGAUGGGGCGUAGCAUAGUCGGCUACAAGCUGGAUCAAAUUAAGAAGGAAAAAAGAAAAAGAAACUUCAUCGCCUUCGAUCUCCAAUUGGACAGAUUGAGGCUGCUUGUUGACUCUGCCGCUAUAAGUACCGUACCACAUGGUGGUACAUACACACUCGCGUUGAGCUGUGCGGGCUAUUUUUUUUUUCUCUCUGAUUUGCUGAAUUGCUGCUGCGGGCGGUGGAGAUGGCCAGAGGGGGAGCGAUGGUCGCGGCGGCGGAUGCCGGCGCCGGCGCCGGCGUGGCGCCCGGGUACAGCAGCGAGAUCACGUUCACCGUGGUGAUGAGCUGCCUCAUGGCGGCCUCCGGCGGGCUCAUUUUCGGCUACGACAUCAGCAUCACAGGUGGACUGACGCAGAUGCAGUCGUUCCUCGAGGCGUUCUUCCCAGACAUCUGGGCGAAGAUGAACAACGCCGAGCAGGACGCGUACUGCAUCUUCGACAGCCAGGUGCUCACCACCUUCGUCUCCUCGCUCUACCUCGCCGGCGUUUUCGCCUGCCUCAUCGCCGGCCACGUCACCCGGAGGGUGGGCCGGAGGAACUCCAUGCUCAUCGGCGCCUCUCUCUUCUUCGUCGGCGCCAUCCUCAACUGCGCCGCCGUCAACAUCGCCAUGCUCGUCAUCGGCCGCAUCCUCCUCGGCUUCGCCGUCGGCUUCACCAACCAGUCUGCGCCGGUGUACCUGGCGGAGAUAGCUCCGGCGCGGUGGCGCGGGGCGUUCACGAGCAUCUUCCACUUCUUCCUCAACGUGGGGAUGUUCGUGGCCGACCUGGUGAACUACCGCGCCAACACCAUCCCGGUCUGGGGCUGGCGGCUGUCGCUCGGCGUCGCCGUCGUCCCGGCCGCCGUCAUCCUGGUGGGCGCCGCGUUCAUCCCGGACACGCCCAACAGCCUCGUCCUGCGCGGGAAGCUCGACGAGGCCCGCGCCUCGCUGCGCCGCAUCCGCGGAGCCGCCGCCAACAUCGACGCCGAGCUCAAGGACAUCGCCCGCGCCGCGGAGGAGGACCGGCAGCACCACACCGGCGCGUUCCGGCGCAUCGUGCGGCGGGAGUACCGCCCGCACCUGGUGAUGGCGAUCGCCAUCCCGGUGUUCUUCGAGCUGACGGGGAUGAUCGUGGUGACGCUGUUCACGCCGCUGCUGUUCUACACGGUGGGGUUCUCGAGCCAGAAGGCCAUCCUGGGGUCCAUCAUCACCGACGUGGUGAGCCUGGCGUCCAUCGCGGCGGCGGCGCUGACCGUGGACAGGUACGGGCGGCGGACGCUGUUCAUGGUGGGCGGCGGCGUGCUGCUGGUGUGCCUGACGGGCAUGGCGUGGACGUACGGGGCGCGGCUGGGGAGCGACGGCGGGAAGGCGAUGCCGCGCGGGUACGCGGUGGCGGUGGUGGCGCUGGUGUGCCUGUACGACGCCGGGUUCGGCAUCUCGUGGGGGCCCCUCAAGUGGAUCAUCCCCAGCGAGAUCUUCCCGCUGGAGGUGAGGUCGGCGGGGCAGAGCAUGAGCGAGGCCAUCUCGCUGGCGCUCACCUUCGCGCAGACACAGUCGUUCCUCCGGAUGCUGUGCAGCUUCAAGUUCGGCGCCUUCGCGUACAACGCCGCGUGGGUGGUGGUCAUGACGGCGUUCGUGGCGCUCCUCCUGCCGGAGACCAAGGGGGUGCCCAUCGAGUCGCUCGGCGCGGUGUGGGCGCAGCACUGGUACUGGAAGCGCUUCGUCAAGCCGCCGCCGCCGCCGCCAUCGACGGCGGCGGAGACCAAGCAGGCGGACGGGGCUCCGGCAUGAGAGACGUGGUGGUGGGGGGCUGGGCAUUGACACGUACGUACGUUGUGUUAGCUAAUGCUGAUGGGCUCGUGAUGUCGGGCACUGCAUGCAUGGUGCGGUGGUGUGGAGUGUGGACUCGAUAUCCAUCGGCAUCGCCGUUGUUGGGGUUAGCCACACGGGCAACUGGGCAAACCGGGGCGAUGGACAUGGAUGAUCGAACAAGUCGACUAGUUCUGUCUUGUGUAACGCAGACACGGUAGAGUCUGACCAUCAAACGUUACUUAUCACAUAUACAGUACUCCGCAGUAUCUCGAUUGAUAUGAGUCGUUCGCGUGAAAACAAUGUGGGCGUAACGAAUUAACGAAAGAUACUUGUUUGUUUGUUUAGGGUGCAUUUGGUUCACACCUUUACGGUCAAGGUUAGAUGAGAUAUGGCGGUCCAUAAUUUGCUAGA